AUCUUGCAACUUGGCGUGUCUGCAACCAUGAUCGAUAGAUCAAUAAGCCACAGUCCACACUCGCGGUGCACACGCUCGCGCAUGGACACACAAAUGGAAGAAGGGAAGAGCGAAGAAAAACAGGGCGUUGAUUCUCCAACUAAUUCACAGCAAACGGUUUCUGAUGAUGAUGUAAUAGACUAUUCUAUCAAGCCAGAAUUUUAUGAUUCAGACCUUGAUGAAAAAGACGAACGAUGGGUUCAUAAAAAAAGAAAAGGCCAUACUUCUGAUGCUGUGCUUAGCUGUCCAGCUUGUUUCACUACACUGUGCCUAGAGUGCCAAAGGCAUGAGAAGUAUGUAACACAGUACAGGGCCAUCUUUGUUGUCAACUGCAAGAUUAGAAGUGAUCAAAUAUUGCGGCAGAGCAAACGAAAAUCAAGGAAGAGUAAGCGUACAACAGAUUUUGGUGAGAGUGAAGAUCAUGUGGAGAGUGAAACAUUUAAGCCUGUUUGUUGCUUGGUCUGCUCAACAGAAGUAGGUGUCAUUGACAAAGAAGAGAUCUAUCAUUUCUUUAAUGUUCUUCCUAGUGAGUCUUGAUCUGCUCAGUGUCAUUGGAGUACAUAAAUAGGUUAAGUAGUUCAAAUUUACUUUCACUGGCUGCAACUUUCCAUCAUCAGGUAUCCCAGUUUUUUUCUUUUUUAAUUUUUAUUGAAGUUCCGCCCAUGCCACUUGAGCACAUAUACAUCUCUUAUUUUGUCUUCGAGUGCUUUUAAAUCCCUUCAACCAAAUAAAGGAACUAGGUUGGGAUAAAGCGAUUAUACCAUCUUGCUUCAA